UUAGUUAAGGGAAGUGAGGCUUUUCAUUUCCUCUUCCAAGAGAAGGCAGAGGGGAUUGAGGAAGCCUAGCUGGACUGAACAGCUCUGCCAUGCAGCUCCCUGUGUGUCUGAUCUUGCUAGGAUCCCUUCUAGCCCAAGGAACAGGGGAAGACUGUCCUCACAAAAAGGCCGUUACUCUCCUGCCAUCCUUCACGGUGACAUCUACAACCACAGAAAGCACAGCCAGCCCUACGACCAGCCACAGGCCUACCACCACCAGUCAUGGGAAUGUCACCGUUCAUACCAGCUCCGGACCCACAACUGUCACUCAUAACCCUGCCACCACCACCACCAGUCAUGGGAAUGCUACAACUUCUCAUGCCACAGUUUCUCCCAUCACAAAUGCCACAGCUACUAGUCCAGGAUCCUCCACUGUUGACCCUCACCCUGGACCACUUCCACCCUCGCCAAGUCCUAGCCCAAGCUCCAAGGGGGCUCUGGGGAACUACACAUGGGCCAACGGCUCCCAGCCUUGUGUUCAGCUCCAAGCCCAAAUUCAAAUCCGAAUCCUGUACCGAACCCAGGGUGGAAGAAAGGUUUGGGGCAUAUCUGUUUUGAAUCCCAACAAAACCAAGGUCCAGGGGGGCUGUGACGGUGCCCAUCCCCACCUGCCUCUCUCAUUUCCUUACGGACAGCUUACCUUUGGAUUCAAACAGGACCUACAUCAGAGCCCGAGUACAGUCUACCUCGACUACAUGGCGGUAGAAUACAAUGUGUCCUUCCCACAGGCAGCACAGUGGACAUUCACGGCGCAGAAUUCAUCUCUUCGAGAGCUCCAAGCUCCCCUGGGCCAAAGCUUCUGCUGUGGAAAUGCAAGCAUAGUUCUUUCUCCAACUGUUCACCUUGACUUGCUCUCUCUAAGGCUCCAGGCUGCUCAGCUGCCGGACAAGGGACACUUCGGGCCAUGUUUCUCUUGCACCAGGGACCAGUCCCUCUUGCUGCCUCUCAUCAUUGGCCUGGUCCUCCUUGGCCUCCUCACACUGGUCCUCCUCGCCUUCUGCAUCACCCGGAGACGACAAUCAAGCUACCAGCCCCUCUGAGCAUUUGCCGAAGCCCACUGUGUAAGCCACCAAGGAGCGCCUCAUCUCUUCGCCAUGCAGCUGUCUCAACAGUUACCUGCCUCCACUGUCUCUAAGAACACAGUUAAGAGAUUUUAUAAUAGGGGUGGGGAGUUAAUAAACACGAAUGGUACCUACU